UCUGUUUUCUCUCUGCUGUGACUCCCUUUGCAGCGAUCAAUGGAGCCAUGGUGGCUGGUGCCGUCAUAGGAGCCCUCAUUGGACUUGGCCUGAUCAUUUUGUUUCCACUCCAGAUGCUCUUCUACAGAAGGAAAAUGAAAGAAUCACAGGAGGAGAUUGCCAAUGAGAUCAAGGAAGAUGCUGUUGCCCCAAAGACUCUUUCCUGGGCGAAAAGUCCUGGCUCUGAUAUCGUCUCCAAAAACGGCACCUUGUCCUCCAUGAACACGACCCGGGAUCACAAACUCUACCCGUCCAAGCCGCCCUCAGACACGGCCUCCAUCACCACAGCCACUGGGAGCACAGUGGGCUACAAACCCCCUUUCAGCAACCACCGCGGCGGGACCCACACGCCGACGCCCAGCCUCUCCAGCCAGUCCUUGCCCCUCUACUUCCCGCCGAUGGCAAACGGGGUCCAUUGCCACCAUGCCAAUGUGCCAAUCCAUAGGAACACCCUCCACAGGACAAACGGGGCUCAGCCACAGGCCCCCCGACUACACGAGCCUGCCGCCCCCACCCAAGGGCUCACCUCCUCCACCCUGAGCCGCAUGGGGGGCGUACCCGUCAUGGUGCCUGCUCAGAGCCAAGCAGGAUCCUUGGUGUAAGGGCUUGGCGGCGCCCCCUAGUGGUUCUAGCAAUCCCAUGCAAUGCAGAGUGGCUGGAAGCACUGGCUCUGGGAUGCCUGCCUGCCUUCAGAGCUCCUGGGCGAGGUUUUGCGGGUGUGUCCUUCGAAGGAGCAGUUUUCAAGGAACCGCCAUCAAUGAGACUUUGCAAAGACUUGUGAGAUGGGCUUUUUGUAACACCUUUCAGAACUCUUCCUCUUGGUGCCCGAGUCGUGUCCAAGAGGCCUCUUAACAGCAGAGGCUGUAUCUACUCGAACAAAUACCAGUGGAUCUUUGCUUUGCAGGAUGUGAUUCAUUCCUUUCUCUCUCUCUCUUAUUGGAGGAAGCAGCUGUGCUGGGAUCGGCUAUCUUGACUUGGGGAAAAACAUGCCAGGGCAGAUCUGAAACCUGCAGCCAGAGUGAGGUGCUUCCUUGACCUGCCUUUCCUGGGAGUAGCCCAAAAGGAUUGGAGGGCAUUGGGUGCUCUGGAGGAGAUGGCAAAGAAAUAUUGCAGUCAGCGGCGUAGCGUGGGUUGUGAGCACCCAGGGCAAGGCAAGUAAUUUGCGCCCCCUAACCCGUGGAUUUGCGCCCCCUAACCCGUGGAUUU